AUGGACCUGGGACUGGGCCGCGUCCAGGCGUUGCUGCGGCGCGUCGGCUCGCCUCACACACGCUUCCCUGUCAUCCACGUAGCAGGCACCAAUGGAAAAGGCAGUACCAUUGCCUUCCUGGACUCGAUCCUCACGCACCUCGUCGGGCUGCGCUCGGCGCGUUUCAACACACCCCACCUCGUCACUGCGCGGGACAGCGUGCGCGUGCAUGGCGGCGAGCCCAUCGACGAGACCAUUUGGGAUCGCGCAGUGCACCAGACGCGGAUGGCUGACGCUCGCGACGUGCCGAUUUGUGCGACUCCGUUUGAGCUCCUCACCGUGCAGACCCUGCUCGCUUUUACCUUGAUGCCCCCCGAGUCGCAGCCCGAGAUCCUGCUCAUCGAGGUCGGCGUCGGCGGGCGGCUCGAUGCCACGAAUGUGUUUCCUCGCGACAAUGUGCUCGCGAGCGUGAUCUGCCCCAUCGCCCUGGACCACGAGGGACUGCUCGGCCAGGGUCUGCGUGCGAUCACGCAGCAAAAGGCCGGCAUCCUCCGACCCCAGGGUCUCUGUGUCGUGGCCGAUCAAACACCCGCCCUGCCUAUCCCGGCGCCAUCGGCCAUUCCGUCUCCCUCCGCCGAGGUUCUUGAGGUGCUGCAGUCCGAGUGCGAAGCCCUCGAGACCCGCGUCGUGUAUACCCACAUUCCCUGGUCUGAUCUACGUAUGACCCAGGCGCCCGGCAUGGCUGGCGCGCACCUCCAAUGCGCCCUGCCGGUGCAGGCUGCGCAGGCGGCUCGUGAUGCCACACGCGCCCCGUCGGUGGCCAUCGACUUUCGCGUGGAUGCUACGCUCGCGCGUGUGUCCGGAGCUGCGACGGCGAUCCAGACGCUCUGGGCGUUGGCGCACGAUCAGACACCCUACCUGGAUCCAUGGGCGGACCUGCGCGCGCGAAUACGUGCUAGGCUGACGCCCGAGGCCUCGCCCAGGCUGUGCGAGGCCCUGUCCCGGUGCCGCUGGGAGGGCCGGUGCGAGUGGCACACGUUAGGCGACGUGCCUGUCCUGCUGGAUGGCGCACACAACGAGGCAUCGGCUCUGGCGCUGCGGCACUAUGUGGACCUGACUCUGAGCAGGCAUCCUGCAGCGGGCGUGACAUGGAUCAUGGCGUUUUCGCAAGGGAAGGACGUUUCGAGUAUGCUGGAUGUCUUGCUGCAGCCUCGAGAGCACGUUUCGCAGCGUGUCGCUUUGGUGCCUUUUUCGACACCCGUCGAAGGCAUGCCAUGGGUAUCGCCUGCAUCCCCCCACACCCUAGCCGAGCUCGUCCGCUUGCGCGGACUCGAGGCCCAUGCCUUGGCGAGUCUUGGCGCGGCCCUGGCAUGGGCCGAAAGCGAGCCCAUGCCGUCGCCCCACGUCGUCAUUGUGUGCGGCAGCCUGUACUUGGUCAGCGACUUUUAUCGUAAUGGCUAUUCUCAUCGUCGUCUACUGUAG